AUGGUCGAGUUCGUGGCUGAUAACCCGAACAUUUUCGAAGAACUAGGGAGGUACUUCAAGAGGCAGGGAAAAGAAAAAGCUGAAUCCUCCAAGAGGAGACCGACGAAGUCCCCUGAAGUACCUUCCGGCGAAGACUCCGAUGAGGGGCACCUCUCUCGGAGCACUUCCAGGCGCGCCUCUUCCAAGGCGACAUCUAAAAUUGCUUCCAUUUUCCGGGCGUUUUCCCGGGGUCUUCUGAGAAAACGAGCCGAUGACCCACCUCGGCGUCCCGGAGGCUUAGUAGCCGAGUAUCUGAGGGCUCCGCCCUUCACGGAUGACAUCAAUGGGGAGAUGGUCCCCCCAAAUUUCAAACUUCCCGCACUCCGUUCCUACGAUGGCCGAGGUGACCCUGAGGUUCACCUCCGCGCCUUCCUCUCUGCCUUUCGGCUCUACUGCGUCCCUGACGCAGUAAUUUGCCGAGCUUUCCCCAUCUUCCUGCAGGGGACGGCCCGAAAGUGGUUCUGGGGCUUAGAACCGAGGAGCAUUUCCUCGUUAGACGAGCUGAUAGAUCGGUUCAUCCACCGCUUUGUGUCGUCUCGCCCAAUUACGAAUACUUCAGCUUACCUCUUGAACCUGCAGCAGGCUCCCAGCGAGUCACUGCGCUCAUACCUGCAGAGGUUCGAUGAGGAGAAUGUACAGAUACCUGAUCAGAAUGAGCAGGUAACCAUAGCUGCCUUCACCAACGGGCUGAUCGCGGGAAUCUUCAAUACCGAGAUACACCGGGAUUACCCCCGCACACUUCGGGAACUCUGGGAUCGAGUAGAUCAGGGAAUCCGAAAUGAAGAUCUAAACCGCAUGAAGCGGGAGGCUCAAGCCACUCGUACCGGGCAAGAUUCCCGGAGGAAAAAGGAUGCCGGCCGGGCUGAACAAGGCCCCAGCGGGUCGUCGAGUCAGUUCCGAGACCGCCGAAGUGUCUUUGAUCGGAUCGUCAAAGGCAGGUCGUCCACCUCGGACGUCGAGCUUACACCUCUCAACUCCAUCCGGACUCAUGUCCUGGCUGUGAUGAGGCAGAAUCACCUCGGCCGAACUCCUCCUGAGAUUCCGGGGAGGAGAGAUAAGAGGAACUCAAACCUCUACUGUGCCUACCACCGGGAUGUUGGGCACGAGACUGAAGACUGCAAUGAUCUGAAGCGGGAGAUCGAGAAUUUGAUCCGGCAGGGAUACCUGAAGCAAUUCGUCCGCAAGAAUGGAGGCUUCAACCGAAGCGUCUCCCACCGGGAGAACCGGGGCCCCCGCCGAGAGGACAGGCGGGACACGAACAUGCAUUGCCGAGGUCCCGAGGAUCGUAGGGAGGACAAGCAGCCUCCACGCGAUGGAUCACCGGGCUACGGCCCCAACAUCGCCGGGGUGAUCAACACAAUCGCGGGAGGACCAACGGGAGGAGACAGCCAGAACUCCCGGAAGCGGACCUACCGCCAGGCCGGGAUGGAGGUGGCCGAGCCGAGCUCUCGGCUGUCUGAAGUCAUCACUUAUGGUCCCACUGACCCAGUUCCUGCGGCCUCCAGCAAUCACGAAGCUCUCGUGAUCGAGGUUCUCACCAACAACUACACAGUCAAAAAGGUCUAUGUUGACCCCGAAAGCUCGGUAGACGUCUUGUACUACCGAACUUUCGAAAGUUUGAAACUGACCAGGGAACAACUCACUCCUGUCAGAACUCUCCUCGUCGGAUUCGGGGGACACGUAGUCCACCCGGAGGGUAUGGUGUCCCUGAUGGUGACUGUCGGGCGUCAUCCCCGCUGCCGGACUAUACCCGUCAACUUCGCGGUGGUCAAGGCAGAUUCUCCCUAUAAUAUGUUGAUAGGUCGACCCACGCUCAACGCCUUGAGAGCUGUGUACUCUACCUACCACCUGAGUUUCAAAUUCCCGACACCAGCGGGGGUGGCCGAGGUGAGCAGCGACGUGAGCACUGCCCGCGAAUGCUACCUCGCCACCAUUCAGGCCGCUGUCACUCCCCGGACUGCAUCAAAGGCCGAAGAGAAGAGGCCAGCUGUUCUCUCCAAAGACUGCAUUGAUCCUCAGAAAGCGGGAAAGCCCGGCAGGCUGGAACCCGGGGAUGAGGUGGAGCAGGUGGUCCUGAAUGAGGCAAGACCGGACCAAGUGGUCCAGGUAGGGGCCGGACUCCCCUCGCCUCUAAAGGAAGAAAUGAUUUGCCUUAUAAAGGACCACCGAGACGUCUUCGCUUGGUCCGCUGAUGAGGUGGUUGGAGUGCCACCUGAGCUCAUGGUUCACCAGUUCAACGUUAAUCCGCAGGCCCGUCCUGUGAAACAAAAGCGCAGGCACUUCGGCCCAGAACGCAGCAAGGCCAUAUCCGAUGAGGUCGACAAGCUCUUACCCGCUAAAAUGAUUCAUGAAGUCCAAUACCCCACCUGGCUGUCCAACCCAGUCAUGGUCAAAAAUGACACCAGUGGUAGGAGGAUGUGUGUGGACUUCACAGACCUCAAUAAGGCCUGCCCCAAAGAUUGCUAUCCUCUGCCAAGGAUAGACGCCCUACUCGAUUCGGCGAUGGGACAUGAGAUCCUCUGCUUCCUGGAUGCCUUCAAAGGGUAUCAUCAAAUAGGAAUGAGUGAGGAGGACCAAGAGAAAACGGCAUUCUACACCGACAAAGGUGUCUACUGCUAUACCACCAUGCCGUUCGGGCUAAAAAACGCCAGGGCGACCUAUCAAAGGUUGAUCAACCGCCUCUUCAAGGAUCAGAUCGGCCGAAAUGUGGAAGCCUAUGUGGACGAUAUCCUUGUCAAAAGCUUAACCACUUCGGCCAUCUUAUCAGAUGUAAGGGAGGUCUUCGGCGUCCUGCGGGACUCAAGGAUGAAGUUAAAUCCCAAGAAGUGUGUCUUCGGUGUCACCUCAGGAAAAUUUUUGGGGUAUCUGGUUUCCCACCGGGGAAUCGAAGCUAACCCAGACAAGGUCAAGGCCAUCCAGGACAUGUCCCCACCUCGGAACCUCCGAGAAGUCCAGCGAUUGAACGGACGUCUGGCUGCACUGAACCGCUUCCUAUCCCAAUCCGCAGAAAAAGCUUUGCCCUUUUUCAAGGUGCUUAAGAAGACCGAUCAAUUUGCCUGGACUGAGGAGUGCCAGGUUGCCUUCGACAAGUUGAAGCAGUACCUGCACCACCUACCCACCCUCGCUUCACCUCGGCCCGAGGAGAAGCUGUACCUCUACCUCUCCGCAGCGGACGAGGCUGUCAGCGCUGUGCUCAUCCGGGAUGAGGGCACUCAAGUGCCAGUCUAUUAUCCGCUCCGACAGAUACUGGUGCGGCCCGAGGCCUCCGGGCGCCUCACUAAGUGGGCCGUCAAGUUAGGUGAGUACGACCUGUCGUAUGAGCCGCGCACCGCCAUAAAAGCUCAAGCCUUAGCCGAUUUCUUGGCCGAGCUCACCUUCACGGAAGGUCGAGAGUCCACUCCUGCCCUAGCCGAAGUGUCCACCCAGCACCUGUGGACGUUAUACGUGGACGGAUCUUCCAACGGGUAUGGCAGUGGAGCAGGACUGCUCCUGGAGGGCCCCCAGGGAGAAGUGUGCUCGUGUGCCCUCCGCUUUGACUUCCCGGCCACCAACAAUGAAUCCGAAUAUGAGGCCUUAAUCACGGGACUCCAGCUAGUCCGCAAGCUCGGUGCACAGCGGAUCCACGUCCGCAGCGACUCCCAACUCGUAGUAUGCCAAGUCCUUGGUGAGUAUGAGGCCAAGGAUGAAACCAUGCAACGGUAUCUAUCCAAAGUCCACCAACUCAUCGUGUAUUUCGAGUCUUUCGAAAUCCAAAGAAUCCCCCACUCCCAGAAUAGGCGGGCCGACGCCUUAUCCCGGUUGGCUUCCACCUCAUUUUCUGACCUCAACAAGACCGUUUUGGUGGAAAUGUUGAGCGAGCCGGGAUACAUGGAGGAGGUGGCCUGCCCUGUGAACACGGGAGAAACAUGGAUGAGCCCGUUCAUCCUUUUCUUAGGGCAGGGAGUCCUCCCCGAGGACCGAGCCGAGGCGAGAAAGAUACAACGCAAAUCUACUCGGUACGCGCUCCGCGAUGGAGAACUGUAUAAACGCUCAUGCCUUGGCCCAUGGCUGAGGUGCGUUACACCCGAGGCAGGACGUCAGGUCCUCCAUGAGAUACACGAAGGCCUAUGUGGGGCUCACGUCGGCCACAGGAUGUUAGCCAGGAAGACCUUACUCCUUGGGUAUUUCUGGCCUUCCGUUCGACAAGAUGCCCAAAAUCUUAUUCUCAGUUGCCCAUCCUGCCAAGUCCAUGCCCCUGAGCUUCACCAACUCUCAAAUUUCAUGGUUCCAAUCACUUCACCCUGGCCCUUUGAGCAAUGGGGGACAGACAUCAUCGGUCCUUUCCCUAAAGCGGUCGGGAGUUAUACCUUCCUGGUAACCGCUGUGGAUUAUUUCACAAAGUGGGUUGAGGCCGAGCCUCUAAGGAACAUCACGGGGCUGGCCGUUCAAAAAUUCUUUUGGAAAUGCAUUGUCUGCCGCUUCGGCAUACCUCAGAUCAUCAUUUCGGACAAUGGGAGACAGUUUGCCGAGAACCCCUUCAAGGCUUGGUGCCAGAACCUCGGCAUCAAACAACAUUUCACUUCGGUAGGCCACCCUCAGGCCAAUGGUCAGGCAGAAAAUUUCAACCGAACUCUCUUGCAUGGCCUCAAGACCCGACUACACCGAGCUGGAUCAUCUUGGGUGGAGGAACUCCCCAGUGUUCUGUGGUCGUAUCGGACCACGCCGAGGUCAUCCACGCAAGAGACCCCCUUCUCCUUGACCUAUGGAGCCGAGGCUGUCAUCCCUGCUGAGAUCCUUACACCCAGUCCUCGGCUGACAGCCUAUGUAGCCGAGGAGAACGGAGAAGAGAGACAGUUAGAUCUCGACCUCAUCGACGAGAAGAGAGACCUUGCCUCAGCUCGGAUAGCUUCCUACAAGAACACCCUAACCCACUACAACAACACCCGCGUCAAGCAUCGGCAAUUCCUGCCAGGAGACUUGGUGCUUAGAAAAAACUCGGUCAGCCGAGCUGAGCCCCAAGGGAAACUGGGCCCGAAAUGGGAAGGUCCAUACCGAGUUGUGGAGUAUAAUCUUAAUGGGUAUUGUAAAUUGAGUUACCGAGAUGGCUCUCUAGUGCCGAGGACUUGGCACGUCGAGAACCUCAGACUGUAUUAUGUUUGA